CCCUCCCUCCUUCUCCCUCCCCUCUCCUCCCCGCUCAGCUCCCUCCGGGCUGUCAACCCUCAUCCCGGAGCCAUCCAUUCCCCGCUCAUUAACGCCGUUAACGAGGGUGACGCUGCUCCCCGCAGGCGGUGGCGGUCACCAUGAGCACCCGGCAGCUGCUGCUGUGCCUCUCGCUCUGCGUGGUGUGCGUGGCCAGCAAACCCACGGAGAAGAAGGAGCGCGUGCACCACGAGGCGCCGCUGAGCGACAAGGCGCACGACGACGCGCAGAGCUUCGACUACGACCACGACGCCUUCCUGGGCGCCGACGAGGCCAAGACCUUCGACCAGCUGACGCCGGAGGAGAGCAAGGAGAGGCUGGGCAAGAUCGUCGUCAAGAUCGACGGCGACAAGGACGGGUUCGUGACCGUGGAGGAGCUGAGGGAGUGGAUUAAGUUCGCGCAGAAGCGGUGGAUUUACGAGGACGUGGAGCGGCAGUGGAAGGGCCACGACCUCAACGGGGACGGCACCGUGUCAUGGGACGAGUACCGCAAUGCCACCUAUGGCUCUGUCCUGGACGACCCCGAUCCCGACGACGGCUUCAACUACAAGCAGAUGAUGGUGCGCGACGAGCGGCGCUUCAAGAUGGCGGACCGCGACGGCGACCUGGCGGCCACCAAGGAGGAGUUCACCGCCUUCCUGCACCCCGAGGAGUACGACUACAUGAAGGACAUCGUGGUGCAGGAGACGAUGGAGGACAUCGACAAGAACGGCGACGGCUUCAUCGACCUGGAGGAGUACAUCGGUGA